AUGAAGCCAUCGCCCAUGCAAGACCUUCUCAGUCAGGCUGCAAUUAUUCCUUCCGUUCUAGAGCAGAUUGAUCAUCUGCCAAAGGCUCCAUACCAAGCUAGCACUUCCAACGUUGGAACCAUUAUCGAUCAACUUGUUGAUGUACUCUCCCGGCUUGAGAAGUGGGAAGUGACGCUACGGCAGAAAAUUGUGACACUUCCUCACUGGCCUGUUAUGCGAGAUUCUGAAUCAGACCUUUCAUCACCUAAAAAGCCCGCUCUGUGGUUCCCUAACGUCACAAUUGCCAACGUAUACAUUCAUCUCUGGGCUUUCCAAAUCAUCUGUCUAGAUGAGCUUGAGAAACUGGUAUCGUGGUUUCCAUCUCUCAUUUCCAAAAAAUCAAUUUCGUCAAGUGGCAUCAAGUUUGGCCAUAUUCAGGAGGAUAUCUUCCAGCUUUCGGGGCAGACAUGUUCCAGCAUGGAAUAUCUUCUGCAAGAUAAGAUGAAGCUUUAUGGUCCAGCUUCGACUAUCUUUCCUCUGCAGACUGUUUACCAUAAAAUCAAGCAUACUGGGCCUCAGCAAGAGAACAACAUUGCUCGUAUUGAGGCGACCGUUGACAGACUGGUCCAGAAAGGGUUACUGUCUGCCCCGACUCUUGUAUUUGGUGCGAAUUCUGCUUGA